UCUCUUGGCCUCUCCUAAUCCUUUGUGUAUAUAAUACACUCUAUGCUCCUCUAAUUUUUACUCUACUAACUUUCUCCUUCUUUCCUCGUCAACACAUUACUUUGAGAGAUUUUGAAAGAUCUUCUCUCUCAAGCCCGCAAAAGAGUCCUAUCUAUUCAAAAUUGUCAGUGUUUGAGUGAUUUUGAAUGGUUUUAGCUUCUGGGUUUUGCAAUAGGUUUCAGUUUUAGAAGUUUUUCUUGUUGAGUUAGAUAAUAUAGAUAAUCUUGGCUCCUAGGUAUCGCCUCAAAUCAAGUUUUUUUCUUUCCUUCUUUUCAGUCUUUAAUUUGUGACUAAAUUUUGGAGGGGGUUGGUGGGGGGCAAAGUAUUCUGAUCAUAAGAAGUUCAAGUUUUAAGGAAAAUGGUUAUGCUGUACAAUGGGUGCAGUCUGUGGAAGUUGUACCUGAUUCUUGGCAAAAAAUCUAGCGUAGACAAAAACUUCUAUUUUUGGAUUUUUCAGAUCUUUAAUAGGUACAGCCUGGGUACUUAGCAACAAACCUUCAUUUAUCAGCUUUGUUUUGGUUCUGUUUCCCCUGUUAUUGUUCUGUUUCUUUCACAUUUUAGCCUUAGAGAGAACAAGAACUAGAACGAGAACUAGGUAGACCAGAGAUAAUGGGAGGGGCUUCACUGCCACCAGGUUUUCGGUUUCAUCCAACUGAUGAGGAAUUGGUGGGAUAUUACCUGCACAGAAAAGUUCAGGGGCUUGAUAUUGAGCUCGAAGUGAUUCCUGUGGUCGAUUUGUACAAAUUCGAUCCAUGGGAGUUGCCAGAGAAGUCAUUCCUUCCGAGACGAGACAUGGAAUGGUUUUUCUUCUGUCCAAGGGAUCGUAAGUACCCAAAUGGCUCAAGAACAAAUCGGGCUACUAAAGCUGGCUACUGGAAAGCUACUGGUAAAGACAGGAAAGUUGUUUGUCAAUCUGCUGUGACUGGAUAUAGGAAGACACUAGUUUUCUAUUGCGGACGGGCUCCUUUAGGGGAUAGGACUGAUUGGGUAAUGCACGAGUAUCGUCUCUGUGAUAAUGUUUCUCAAGGACCAUCAAAUUUCCAGGGAGCUUUUGCUCUGUGCCGUGUUGUUAAGAAGAAUGAGCAAACGCACAAGACAAGUGAUUCACUUGGAGAACCUAAAACCAAGACCGUUGGGAGCAGCUCAGACAAUGGAGAGUUCACCUCAGCGGGAAUCUCCAAUGAGCACUUGAGCGUCUCUAGUGACAUUUCUUCUCAAGCAAUCUACCUGCAUAAUGAUAGCCGUUUUUCAAGCCCUACUGCUUCUCCAUAUCAACUCACACCAAUGGCUGAAUUUGAGCCCCCUUCAAUAGAUAUCAGUUCUUCAAGUGUUUGGGUCUCGCCUGACCUAAUUCUUGAUUCUUCUAAGGAUUACCCACAAGUACAUGAAACUGCAUGUGGAUACUUUCCACAAUAUGGGUAUCCAAGCUCAAUGACACCAUGGCAGCCAUAUGAACAUAGAGAGUUCUCAUCAAGUUCAUCAUACUCGAAUUUUACUGGAGAAAUUGAACCAGCUGAUGAUCUCAGUCGCAUUGCAUGCAUGUCAUCUUACUCAGGACAUGGAAACUACCUGGAUUAUAGUGGAAAUGAGGAUAUGCCUUAUGAAGGUUAUGAUCAGAACAGUUCACUAGGAUAUGCAAAACACUUUUGAAAACCAAAAAAAAAAAAGGGAGAGAUCAUUGUAGCUGCCCCCCUGAUGGCAAUCACUUUUAUAGAUUGCAUCAGGAGUUGGUCUAAUUUCCAUUUGUACUACUUUUAUUCUGUAUUUGUAAAGUAAGUUUUUCCUUCAUAGUCAAUAUUUUCCCCCUAGUA